AUGAUGAACUUGAUAACGUUGUAUUCAAUUUGCUUUAUGUGCUAUCCAAAUUGCUGUUUUGGUGUUGUCAUAAAAGAUCAAGUGCAAUUUUUGGUCAAUUUUCUAAACAAUUUUGAUUAUAGACCAAAUUAUGUUGUUAGCUAUUUAUGCAGAAAAAGUGGUAAAUAUAUUAGUAUGUACUUAUUAUGUUUUCCGAAAUUUUAUUGUGGUGUUUGGCAUAUACUGAUUUAUUUGCUAAUCCAAUUCUAUAGAAAUGCCCAUAUAGACACAUUGGCAAAGGUAAAUUAUGUGUUGGUAAGACAUUUAGCUGAUAUUUUGAAUGCUACUUUGACUUUUACAAUUGAGACAUCGUGGGGUUACAAAGAUAACAACUCAAAGUGGAAUGGGAUGAUAGGGGAACUUACUAGGCACGAAAGUGACCUAGGAGGGACACCGCUGUUUGUGACACAAGACAGGGUUAAAAUCAUAGAAUAUGUCGCUAUGACUACACCUACUGGUUCGAAAUUCGUCUUUUUAGAACCUAAAUUAUCGUAUGUCGAAAACAUUUUCUCUCUCCCGUUCCAUUACACCAUAUGGAUUUCAAUAUUUUGUAUGCUUAUAGCAGUUGGUGUUCCUUUAUUUGGUGUUAUUUUAUGGGAGAGGAACAGUUUCGGUCUCCGAGUUAGCCAUUCUGGCUUGGAAGUGUGUUUCUUAGAAUUCAGCGCGUUUUGCCAACAAGGGGUUUCCUUGAUUCCAAGGAGCCUUACAGGAAAAAUGAUCACAUUGAUGCUUCUAAUUGUUUUAAUGUUCCUUUACAAUUCUUACUCUGCCAAUAUUGUGGCCUUGUUGCAGUUGUCCUCUAACAGUAUACAAACUAUUAACGAUUUAUUACAUUCAAGAUUAUCUGUAGGGGUCGAUGAUACUGUCUACAACAGAUUUUAUUUCCCUAACGAAACAGAACCAGUACGAAGGGCAUUAUAUUUGAAAAAAGUUGCUCCUCCUGGACAACCACCAAGAUAUUUUCCGAUGGCCGAGGGCGUUCGAAGGAUAAGGGAAGGAUUAUUUGCAUUCCACAUGGAAACUGGCGCCGGUUAUAAAUUAAUUGCUGAAAUAUUCCAAGAACAUGAAAAAUGCGGACUACAGGAAAUCGAGUUUCUUCAAAUUAGAAAUCCGUGGCUUGCAGUGCAGAAAAACUCGUCAUUUAAAGAACCGAUUAAAAUCGGUCUGAAAAUAUUGGCGGAAUCUGGAAUUCAAAAACGCGAAGUAUCACUUUUGUAUACCAAAAAACCUCCCUGCAUAAGUAGGGGCAGUGGAUUUAUAAGCGUUGGAAUAAUAGACGUCUAUUUUGCCUUUGCUGUACUAAUUUUUGGAAUAUUCAGAAGUAUGACUGUGUUUUUGGUAGAAGCAACGAUUCAUUAUAUGUAUCAAAAGCCCACAAAGAAAUUAUUUGGAAUGUUUAAUAGAAAACCUCCUAAAUAAAAUGCGAAGGUUA